AUGUGGAAUGGAGAUUUGGUCUGGAAGAGCAAAGAUGAGUUACUUUUGAGGUGCUUAGGGAAAGAAGAGUAUAUGAAGGUCAUGGGAGAAACCCAUGAAGGAAUUUGUGGAGUUCAUCCGGGUGGAAGGAAGAUGUGUUGGUUAGUUAGAAGGUAUGGCUACUUCUGGCCAUCCAUGAUGAAAGAUUGCAUUGAAUAUUCCAAAGGAUGUGAAGCUUGUCAGAGGCAUGGCCCAAUCCAACAGGCUCCUUCAGUCCCCAUGAAUCCAGUAGUUAAGUCAUGGCCAUUCAGAGGAUGGGCAAUGGAUCUUAUUGGAAAAAUCUACCCAGCUAGUAGCAAGCAACACUGUUUCAUCAUUGUAGCUACAGACUAUUUCACCAAAUGGGUGGAAGCCAAACCUGUUAAAUCUAAAUCAAUCACAACUGACAGAGGAUCUUCUUUCAUAUCUGGAGAAAUGUUAGAUAUGGCAGAAGCAUUCAAGUUCAAACUACUUCAAUCCACUCUUUAUUAUGCUCAAGCUAAUCGACAGGCAGAAUCAAGUAACAAGGUGAUCAUCAACAUUAUCAGGAAAAUGCUUGAGAAAAAUCUAAAGCAAUGGCAUGAGAAAUUAUCAGAAACUCGCUAG